AUGGAAGGAAAGACCCCAGUCAAGUUGGUCAAGGUUACCAAGGUUCUCGGUCGUACCGGUUCCCGUGGAGGUGUCACCCAAGUUCGUGUCGAAUUCUUGGACGACAAGACCCGAAGCAUCAUCCGAAACGUCAAGGGACCCGUCAGAGAAGACGACAUCCUCUGCCUCCUCGAAUCUGAACGUGAAGCUAGAAGAUUAAGAUAG